AUGUUAUUCGUCGCUCCUUUACUCCCCUUGCUAUCCUUAACCUCAGCUCUCAGCAUUGUCAAUCGACGAGACGACACUACCUACAAGCACGCAAGCUUAGAGCUCACUGCAACCGGUAAAUGUCUAACAGCAGUGCAAGAUCAAAAUGGCGAUGUGAUCGAUGGGUUCCAGUUUGUCACUUGUACUGGUGAUACCGAAUGGAGCGUUUUCAAACCUGCUGAAGGACCCAAACAAAUUGGGUUUAUAUCCAGAUCGUUCACACCAGUGUUGGAUGCUGGUGAUGAUGGUAAACCCCAUGAUGUAUCACUUGAAAAACCUCAAUAUCCUCGAGAAGGUCAAAAGUGGUUGAUCAACUACGAUGGAAGGAUCUCGACCUUUAAUGGCACGUUGUGUCUGAGUCAGACCAAAGGCGCUCAUGGAGAUCCGUCGAUCAGAGCGGAAGGUUGUGGCUCAGGUGAAGAUAACAAGGAGUCGAAUAUCUUACAAGUCUGGAAGGUAGUGGAAUUUCAUGGUGAUAGCUCUUCUUCCUAA